UCAGAUAUAAGAUAUUCAGAUCCAAGACAAAGCAUCACCGGUUAUUUAAUGAAGCUAAUUUGCGUAUCGGUUCAAAUGGGAGGAUGUCAGGAGAGAAGAAUAUAAAGCUAAUGCACCACAAGUCAAAGCUGACAAAAAAUUGAGAUUAAAGGCCGUCUGCUGCAAAUUAUGAUCAGUGCAAGCCAGUGAUCUGUUCACAUCAACAAAGCCUGCAUGUGCCCCCCAUACUUGACACCUUCCCUCAAUUUUGAAGUGUUGGGAAAUUCAAGUUAAUGAAAAGUAGUAAAUUGAAUCAUUUCGAUUAACAUUCGACACACUCCCUAUAAGGCUCAACGUGUAUUUUCCCAGUAACCCUCGGCCCAUGUUUCACAAAAAGCAUCUCAGGCCAGUGUAUUGCAAAGACUGCAGUCUCCAAUAUUAAAAUAAACAAGAAGCUCGAGAGAUGUCCCCUUGCCCCACAGAUUCUUUAAUUAAUUCCUUCGGUGUCGUAUACUCAAGGUACAGAGAAGGAAGCUUCUUGAUAGAGUCUUAAUUUCUCAUAAUGCCAAGUAUGAGAGGCCUUCAAGGCUCAUUCAUUACGCGUAGGAGAAGGCAAGAAAGCGAGCACCGGGCCAGAAGAAAAGAAUAAAUCCCCAUGUCCUUUAAACAUGAACAACAUGAAGCCUUCCCUCUUAUUAUAUCAUUCCCCUUAACUAAUCCACACCCCUCGAUAUUUCAAAGUCUCAAGUACCUUUAAUAUCCUUCUUUCUUCUCAUUCAAAAAUUAGCGCCUCCCAGCUUGCCAAUAUUUAAUCCAAAAUGAAAUGCGAGUCCUUUGAAAGUUCAAACCUUCUUGAUGAUGACACCUGUAUAGCCAAUAACUUCUACGUCUGGCUUCUCCAAGUUGUAGCACUCUUGGGUAUUCUAGCCCUUGCUCUAUGGCUAAUCUUGCGUCCCCGAUCCCCAAAGUACACCAUUGUCGACUUCUCCAUCCCCCAGUCCUCGUUAGUCAAGGAUGGACAAAACGGCACCAUAUUGUAUAACCUUGAAAUUGAAAAUCCAAACGAAGACUCCAGUAUAUACUAUGAUGACAUUUUGUUCGCAUUUUAUUUUGGGCAGGAUACUGUAGGGGAGAGAACCAUACCUUCUUUCCAUCAGGGGAUAGGUAAAACUCGUCAAGUAAUUGAUCGUGUGGAUGUCAAUCCACGAGUGUGGAAGUCUCUUCUCAAUGCAAUAUCAAAUGCAACAGCCGAUGUGAAGGUUGGGUUAUUAACUAAGUUUCGAUAUAAGACGUUGGGAAAGAAGAGUAAGCAUCAUAAAUUAGAAUUGGAGGGUCAACUAAAAGUUGGCUCGGAUGGGAAGAUUUCAGGCAAGAAGAAGAAGAUUAAGCUACACCAUGCUUCAAAGAAAUGGAGGAGGUAUAAAGCUUGACCAACUGUGGUUGAGAAUUAGUAAUUACAUGAUUAUAACUUUGGUGCUUUUGUAUAUCUAGAGAUAGAAGAAUGAUUGUAAUUACUUGUAUUUAUGUACAGUUUUAGCAUAUAUAUCACAAUUACCUCUCAGCAAAUUAUUUCUUGACUGUAA